GUCCUUUGUUGGAGCUAUCUGCACAUUCCUUGUGAUCCUAGAGUUCUGACUCUGUCUGCUUUGCUCUGACAAGGAAAACUGGGAUGCACACAAAUCACAUGAAGGACACAAAGAACAACUUUAAUAUCUCUCAUCUCUGUGACCAAAAGGAGAAGCUUAUUCAUGCGAUUAAAAAGAUUAAACAUGAAAUUGAUGAAUGUUAUGAAGCUGAAAAGGACGCCUUUGUGGAAGCACUGGAGGUUGAGAACAGAUUUGAAGAGAUAGAGCGUGAAGUCAGAGCAGAGUUCCAGAACCUUCAUCGCUUCCUGGAUGAGGAGGAGGAGAUAGACCUGGAUCGAUUGAGGAAAGAAAGGGACAAACGAGUUAAGAUCUUAAAAGACAGGGAGAAGAAGAUUGCCAUGCAGGGAAGAGAUCUUGAGAGAGCCAUCGAGACUUUGAACUGCAAACUGAGGGAAGAUGACAGUCCCAAACUUCUGAAGGAAAUCAAAGAGCUUCUGAAAAGAUGUGAGGUGAAUUUCAUGCGCCCUGCACCAGUAGACAGUGAGAUCUGCUCUGGUCAGUUUGUGGGACCCAUUCAGUACAGGAUCUGGAAACACAUGAAAACAUCCCUCUACCCAAACAUAUCUACUUUGACAUUUGACCCUGAAACGGCACAUCCCCUGCUGACCCUGUCUGCUGAGAGGACUUCUGUGAUUUUCGAGGAGGACAAGGAGGUGCCUGAGGAGAACCCAGCAGAGAGGAACCCAAAACGCUUCCACUACUACUAUUGUGUGAUGGGGUCAGAGGGUUUCACUUAUGGGCGCCAUUACUGGGAGGUGAAAGUGAAGGGCAAAACCGCCUGGAGAGUGGGCGUAGCCAGAGCAGACGUGCACCGCGGGGAGAUGGACUCCUCCUCCACGUUAAACGGACUGUGGACUCUGUCCCUCAGAAAUGGCUCUAUCACAGCCUGCACCCACCCAAAGCCUACACAGGUGCGUGCUUCUGCCCAUCUCAUCCGCAUUGGCAUCUUCCUGGACUGUGAUAAAGAGGAGGUGUCUUUCUACAAUGCUGUCACCAUGAUGCCACUCUUCUCCUUCUACAUGGGAACUGUUCUAGUGCCACUCUAUCCAUUCUACAACCCAUGUGACACAGAUGAAGGAAAGAACUGUGCCCCUCUAUCCAUCUUUCAUCCAUCACUCUGAGGGAAUGACAUAUUAGAUGGAUGAUUGGUUUCUGCCCAGCUACUGAUACAGCUUUAUCUUUGAAAUGCUGAUAUUAUAAUCCACAUAGUAUCAAACUUUGUAUGCCUAGACACUUAAAGCUAGAGAGCAGUUUUUGCUGUGAAUCAACUAUUUACAGUGACAAUAAACUAGGGCUUCCAAACCUUUUUCGACAAUUGAACGCCUAUGACUUAAAGAUUUACUUGAAGCGCUACCUUAUAGUAGAUUUUAAAUAAUGCUAACCUUUAAAUAUUAUGAAUUUCACGACUUCUUUACGUGUUAUUAUGUUGUUAUUUGAACUUAUUUUUGAAAAGAUCAUGUAAGUGUUAGAUUUUUAUGUAUAGUAUUAAGUUUGUACAUUAAUGUUUUAAAAAUUAUUAAUUUAAACUAAUUUAAUUUGGCUUUGGCAUUUUCAUUCAGUCUGAUAACACUGUGAAUUCAGCGACAGGAGGUCUAAAGUUCUGCUGUUGAAAUCGGUCUGUGCUUAACGAAAUUCAAAACCACUGCCCCCAGUGGCCAAAGCUGGAAGUGUUGUUGAGUUGAAAUGUCCACAGGGUGGUGCCAGAGCAGGUUGUAUUUUUAGUUGUAAAGUAAAUGAUGUAACAUAGCCAACAGAAAUGCAUAUUUUAUCAUCCUUACACCCUAACCCAAACCCCAAACCUAAACCUAACUAUCAGUUACCUCAGUAUGCAACCUCAGUAUCACGCUCAACAUUUUUUAUGUGAAUGUGAUUACUUCCUGGUCUCAGAGUGAAUGCAAUUACUUCCUGGUUUCCACGGGACCAGGGCUGCGAUCCACUUCACUUUAAACAUCCGCUCGCUAACUUCCCUAAGCACUUCCUUCAGGGGAAUCCCCUACGCCAUGUUGGAAUUCCAUUCCACUUUGUUAAGUGGGCGAGGGAAGUUUCUGCUGAUAGACCCUCAACCCCUUGAUUUUGACAGAGGGAGCGAGCCUACUCAUAUGUACACUUCAGGCAGCUCUAUAUCACACAAUGCAACUCAAAUGUGACAGACACAGAUUGCGCUUCAUCAACCUCCACCCUACAUCAAAUCAAAUCAAAUCAAAUCACUUUAUUGUCACACAGCCAUAUACACAAGUGCAAUAGUGUGUGAAAUUCUUGGGUGCAGUUCCGAUCAACAUAGCAGUCGUGACAGUGAUGAGACAUAUACCAAUUUAUAAUAACAUCAAAUUAACACAACACAAUUUAAACAUCUGUUAUACAUAUAAUUACACUCAACAGUAUACAAAUAAUAACAUACACUGUACAGUAUACAAUACGCACUAUAUAGAUACACAUUAUUCAAUAAAAAUAAAAAAUAAAAAUAUAUAAAAAAGUAUAUAUAUAUAUAGAAUGUACAGUAUUGUACUGUAUUGACAUUCAGGCUGUCGGUUGAUAGUCAGUUGUUAAGAGAGAACAUAAUAUAAUAAUAAUAAUAUAAUUUAUGACAGUCCGGUGUGAGAUAUAAGAGUAAGGGUAAUAAAGUGCAGUGCUGAUGUAUUUUGAUUGUGGGAGAUCAAGAGUUCAAAAGUCUGAUUGCUUGGGGGAAGAAGCUGUCAUGAAGUCGGCUGGUGCGGGUCCUGAUGCUGCGAUACCGCCUGCCUGAUGGUAGCAGUGAGAACGGCCCAUGGCUCGGGUGGCUGGAGUCUCUGAUGAUCCUCCGAGCUUUUUUCACACACUGCCUUGUAUAUAUUUCCUGGAGGAAGGGAAGCUCACCUCCGAUGAUGUUGUCUGGCAGUUCGCACCACCCUUUGAAGUGCUUUGCGGUUGUGGGCGGUGCUAUUGACGUACCAGGCGGAGAUACAGCCAGUCAGGAUGCUCUCCACAGUGCAGGUGUAGAACCGUGUGAGGAUGUGGCGGUUCAUUCCAAACUUCCUCAGCCGUCUCAGGAAGAAGAGGUGCUGAUGAGCCUUCUUCACAACGACUUCAGUGUGGAUGGACCAUGUGAGUUCCUCAGUGAUGUGGACACCCAGGAACUUGAAGCUGCUGACUCUCUCCAUCUAGAUCAAUCCAUUGCAUGGGUUCCGACAGUAGUGGGCACUCGCACAUCGUAAGAAAUUAUGUACAUCCGAGUCCGGGAGAUGGAGGGAAGUUAGCAAGGGGAGGGCAUAAAAAUUUGAAGUGAAAUGCAGCCCAGAGCUGAUGUCUCGGAGAUUGUGUGUGCAACACGCUAACAAUAGCGUCACAACAAAAGGAGGGAAAAUGUCUGAUGUGAGAUGCUGCUUGUCAGUAAUUCUGAAGAAUGGGGUCGAUUUCAGGGUACAUGAACAUUCAGAAGCAGCAUGUCGAUUUCCUGUGUGAUCAUGUUGCUUCAUCACUAUCUCACGAACCCCUUGCACUUCCAUCACGAACCCCUAGGGAUUUGAAAAAACCCUGUUUGGGAAACUGUAAUAAAUAGCGUGAUUUGCUCUGGUCAGUUUGUAGGGCCCAAAUCAGUACACAAUCUGGAAAUACAUGAAAAGACCAUUUGAUUGGAUUUUUGCUAUGUAGUUCUUUAACAACUACAAAUAUUUCUCAAUGCACUUGCCUGUACUUAAUGAUUAUACAAUUUGUAUUUAUUUUUAUGUAAUUUACUAAUAAAAUAUGUGAUUUAUCAUGGUUGUUUAUCAAACCAUUGCUUGGGUUUGCAAGUCCUCUUUGUUCAUGUAUUGUAUAGAAAUUAAUGUUCUGGCAUUAUAAAAUGGAAAGUGGGGGAGGAAAGAAUAUAAAAGGAAUUAAAUUUGUGUGCCAAGCCUAUUGACAUACCUUUGCUUGUAUAUAAAUACUACGGACACGACUGCUAACAGUGAGCUGUUGGUGGGGCAGUGAGGAAGAACAAAAUAGGGAGGGAAGGAGAAAGCUCCCAUAGAGCACCCUGCCCGCUUUGUGCCCUCCAUUUCAAUAGCUAAAGGCCAGGCAGAAGGGAAGAUAGGAUAGAAAGACAGAUGAGUGACUUUGAGUGUGACUGACUACAAGGGCAGAAAGCACUCUCCUUCGCAAAUGUCUUACAGGCACAGGAGAGCCGUGCUGUGCAGAGGGGUUUUAUUCUGCUGGUUACAGGUGUGAGGUAACACAAUGAUUCCCAACCAGAGGUGCACAUAUAUACCCCAGGGGGUACUUACACUGGUACCAGGGGAUACUUCUGAUUGGAAAUUUCGAUUUUGAUUGGUUUGUUUAUAAACCUAUAAAACAUAAACAUAUCGCAUGUGUAUGUUUAAGUGUUGUUAAUUUGUGACACAAAGCAGAAUAUAUGUGCAUACCUAUAAAGAAUACAUAUACAUCUAUGCAUUAGCAAAUCAGAGUAUUUAAUUUUUAUGUGAUAUUUCAUAAAUGUUGAUCUUUGAUGAUACUUAAAAGUUUACACAAGAAUUAAACUUCUGUUAUAAUUUUCACCCUCGUGUUAUUCCAAACCCAUAUGACUUUAUUUAUUUCAAGGAAAACAAGAGGAGAAAUUCUGAAGAAUGUAGAUGCUGCUGAUUUUUUUCUCUGUGCACUGAAAGUGAAUGGCGACUGAAGCUGUCAGUUCCUAACAUUUUGUCUAACAUCUUUUGUGCUCCGAGGAAGAAAGAAUGUCAUUCAGGUUUGGAAGACAUGAGGUUGAGUAAAUGAUGACAGAAUUUUCAUUUUGGGUGAACUUUCGCUGUAACUUCCACCAUAAAAUAAUGCAAAUUACUUAUUGUUAAAUGUCCUAUGCAUUGUUCAUCUACAAAUAAAUUUGCCUUAAAGGUGCUGUAAGCCGUUUUUACUUCCACGAGACUGAGCCGUUGGAUUAGCCUCGCCCCCUCUUUCCAAAACCCUGAACUCCACAGAUACCAAAUAAGCUUUUAAUGAGACCGACAUCGUGCAGAAACGGUUGUUAAAAACAACAGCAGCAAAAUAGCGCCCUCAACUGACAACUGUUAUGAACAACAUGUCUUAAAAAUGGCAGUAAAUCUCAAUAAUUAGCUGCAACUACAACACUAUGAGAACGUGCAAAAUGAUUGACAGGUCGAAAGAGUCUUUAUGCUCACAUUUUCGUUUGCUGUUUAUAGAGUCUAGAGUUGUCACAGAGACAGGUGAGAUAUCUUACAACACUUGUUUCAGUAAUAUCUCUCAGGGAGUAAGAGCAAUUUUUUGCAUACCUUUCCAUGAAAAAAAGGUCUUUCUCUGAGAAAGAUGUCUCAAAGAGGUGUUUCAUUAAACAGAAAAAAAAGUUAGAGGAAUCUGUCCUUUACUUACAGUAUAGAUUGUUUUUAGGUAAAAAUUGAAUCUGUAAUGUUGCCUCUUAAAAUAAACUUUUUGAACAUCACCUUACAGUGUUUACCUGCACACUUCCUUAUGCUGUAUGAUGUACUAUAACCUAAAAAUAUUUAUCUAAUAUUUAUUAAAAAAAAUUAUUUUGAAUUGAUCCCAUUGAUGUGUUCUGACCAGUGGAAUAGUUUGUGAGUUUAUUUGACUUUGACCUGGAAACUUGAGAUUUGUACAAACUGGUGUGUAGUUUUGAGAUUGUGGUAAUAGUUUUGAGAAAAUGGUGAAUUGCUUAAUGAAAUGUGCAGCCUAGUCUCAUGAAAUUUACGUGAGCAUUGCAAUGUUUUUGCAAAACUGAAAUUUCGUGCUUCUUAACACGUUUGGCUGCACUUUUCAAGUGAAAUGUCCAGCAGGGGGUGCCAAAACUGAGCGAAAUGAGGUUGUAAUCUAAAAAGGUUUUUAAGGUGAAUAUUAGAUGGAGGUAUUUCUAAAACAUACCUCCCUAACCUAAAACUUUACCCUAAACUAAACCAAUAGUGUCCAAAAAGAGAAAUAAGUCUUU